AUGCCCCGUAAAUCUCGCUCAUCAAAUCUACCUCCAAUGCCAUCUUUAGAUCUUUCUCAAGACUCUUCUUUGGCCAUUGAUUCCUCCUCUUCAGAUUCCUUUCUUUCUCAAGUCACCAAUAAUCAUUCAGUUUCUCCUACCUCUCAAUUUACAACUACAACUACAACUCGCCCUAAACGUCGCCAACCUCGUCGUCGUGAAAAUACCCCACUUCCUAAAGCAACACCAACCAACUUUGUCGAGCUUUUCCAAUCUCAAAUUACAUCAAUUUACUCCCAAAUUGACGCACAAAGACGUGCUAAACUAACUGCUGCAUCUGGACAUACAAGACUUGGUCUUGCUCUCAAAAGUGUCCAUGGCUCACGUAUCACUAAAGCUCAUCGUAGAAUUCUAGAGCUACGCUCUCGCGCAGCUCAAAAACGUGCCAAAUUAAACACAGCUGAGACUGAACAAGUAAAUUCAGUCAAUACCCGGUUUGAAGAAAAGCUUGGGCAGCAGACCAUUACUUUUGAUGAUUUAAACAAAAGAAUUCUUGAGCUUCACUCUGAAAUAAAGAAAACUUAUGAAGACACAUUGACUGCUGUUAAAACUCUUUCAGAUUAA